GUAAUCCACAACUCGGUGAGGCUGUCUUCAGCUUCUUGGGAGAUGUGAAUCGUCCUUUACUUCCGAAUAGUUCCGAAAGAGAGCCAUGAGGAUACUGAGGACAUUGUUUCUCCUUGCUUGGGUGUUCAUUCCAGUGAGUACAUCAUCUGAUGUGACAGGCCCUGAAUCAGUGACAGGAUAUCGUGGCAGAUCGCUGUCUGUGGUGUGCAAAUAUGCUAAAGGAUAUAAGAAGUAUAAGAAAUACUGGUGCAAAGGAGCAGAUUGGGGUUCUUGUAAAAAAGUUGUUGUGACCACUGGAAGGGAAGAAGAGGUGAAUGGCGGCAGAACCUCUAUCAAGGACAAUCUAACUCUCUCAGAAUUCACUGUGCGUUUGGAGAGCCUCACACAGCAAGACGCUGGCAUUUACUGGUGUGCCAUAAAGAGAAUAGGAGCUGAUCCUGGAUUCCGCGUGAAUAUGAUUGUUCUUCCAGCCUUUACUUCAGAGCCUAAAGAAACAUCAGCAACUACAGAAGAAGAAGCAAACCGUUUGCUUUUCACACAGACUCCCAGCAGCACAGCAAAAUCUAACCCCAUCCUUAUUCACAUAGGCUACCUGAUUUAUGUGUCUUCUCUGCUUUCGAUUGGCUUGAAAACACCCAUCCUCCUGUGCAUGGUCUUUGUAAUCAUCUACUUGCAUAGAAGAAGCAAACAGCACAACAGUGACACCACCAUGAAGACUUGAGCUGCCACACUGUAGGAAAAUGGACAUAUCCUGUUUAGUUCCUCACAGCGGUUUUGCACAUUAUAACGAACCAACCAACCAAACUCCUGUACGUGAGACAGGGAUGUAACUAGACAAGGAAUGGGUGUCGCUCCACCUCCCAGAGAAAUAUUAAUUCAUAAGUCAAAACAUCCAUUUACUGAUCACUUCUGUUUGGCUGCAGCACAAGAAUAGUUCUGAACAUUUGUAUAUGAAGCAGCAGCUAGAUGAUGCAGCCAUUUAUGGAAGAAAGAUGGGCUUCUUAUUCUCCCAACUGGCUAUAUUGCCAAGAUGUCAAAAUAACUGUGUUUUGCUGGUGUUAUUUUCCUCAUUCCUCUGAGCAAGCCUGGGAAAUAGUACUCUGUGUGUAUAUACUGUAUGUCAUGCUGGCAUUUUUCUUAUGAUAAUAAAAGAAAUAAUUAAUAAGUA